GUGUGUGUGUGUGUGUGUGAGUGUGUGUGUGUGUGUGUGUGUGUGUGAGGGAGUAAAGUGCUGAUGAACGUUCGUCUCUAACACUCGAGAGUCUCAUUAAGUCGUUCUGAUUGGAUGUUCCGUCGUUAGUCGAAGCGCUGACUCAGUCCUCCUGACGAACUCGAGUGUGUUUGGACCAACAUCUCGUCAGCUAGGUAUCACGUGACGCUGUAUUUCGCGCGCUCGACGUGCGUCAUCCUCGCGUGCGUCCGGUCUCUGUGUUUUACCUCAGGAACAUCAUCUUUGACGCUGAUGAGGUGAUCUCGAAUCAGUCCGCUGAUGUUUCCCGCCAUUGACCGGAAAUGAUGAACACUAGAUGGCGUCAUAUUCAAAGUCAAGAACAGACGUUAUAAAUGAAUGGCACGUUAAAUACACGUCGAAUUAAGAGUUGCUCUUCGGUUUAGGGAGGUUUUUAAAAGCCGCUCGAGGCUGACGUGGCCUGUAUAUUUCAGGUAUUCUCAAUGAAACACGAUUCAUAAACUCGAGCCCGUAUAUAUUACAGAAUAUCGUGAAAUGUGUUUGACAGAUUUCUGCAGCAAACACCACACGGUCACAUGCAUCGUUUAAAACAGUAUAACUUAUUAUGCUUCGUGUCGGAGACGCGUCGAGGGGAACGAGAGGAAAUAUGAUAAUUAAUAGCGACGCGCGCGCUCCUGGACAGAUGCUCGCUCCCGUGCGGCGGCUGCAGCGCGAGGCUUUUCUCUUCUCUGAGGUGGUCGCGCGCACCGGUGUGAUGGCGACCGCGCUGUUCUCCGCACCUGUGAACGUUUAACGGUUUAAUCAGACAUGGCGCGCCGUCAGGGAUCGGUUCUCCUCCGCUGCGCGGUUCUGCUGGUUCUCGGCGGCGGGAGUUCCGCUCUACCGAACCGGGCCAGCAGCGAGGCGCAGCACGACCCCGCCGACGGUAAUAACACCGACAAACCCCCCAGUACAGACUCUCUGGGAAUCACCGAGCUCUUACCAAAGCUACAGGACAACAGCAGUACUGUGAGACACUGGCGCGUCCUGGAGGACCCCGGGCCCUUGUGCGCUUACCGCGUUCUGGGCGCUGGUGACCCCGGGCGACUGUGCUUCCGCUACGCCCGACCUGACUUCAGGUGCGCUAGCGCUAGCUGUCAACAGGUGAGCUCACCCGGGGGUCACCUCACGGCCAAUAUUCUGUCCAACGGAAGCGUGUUCAUUCAGUGGACGGUCGCGCUCACGCCGAAGGGCCCUGCUCCGGGCCAAGCGGGCGGGUUUAAGCUCAGCUGCUGGUGGAACGGAAGCUACACGCAGUUCGAAUGCGCCGGCGUUCACCUAGGCGCCGGCUGCAGGGAUUACUUACUCAACGAGCUGCACACGAACGUGCCCUACCGCCUGUGCGUGCGGCCCUACGCCCUCGACCGGGACGAAGCCUGCGUGGAGUUCAGCCUCGCGCCCGGCGGGAUGCAGGACAUCGUCAUCGCCAUGACGACGGUGGGCGGAGCAAUCUGCGUGAUGCUGGUCAUCAUUUGCCUGCUGGUGGCGUACAUCACCGAGAACAUCAUGAACCCCACGGCGCAGCACACGCUCGCGGCGCAGCACUCGCACAGAUCGCAUUUACACACGCACCUGUGAAGACGCAAGCAUCGGUACGGUCACGCAGACACACACCCGCACUUUCCUACAACUCAGGAUCGGACGCCAUCCACACUAAACUCCUGAGACUAUCUACCGGCCGUGUUCGGAACGGAGCACUUAGCUGCUGUUUAACGAAUACCGUGCAGUACGCGCUGUCUGCUACUUUCGAGUAAUAGACGAGCGUGCUGCUCGUGUUCAGGUCCGUUCGCAUGUUUUAACGCAAUUUAACAUUUCGAGUCAAGGCAUUGCAUUGUGGGAUACAGUAUCCUGCAGAAAUAGUAGGUAUAAUACGACGGUACGCUAUUCCGAACAUAGCCAUGUCUUAUGAAAAUGAAUCACGGUUUGAUGUUUUUUGUUGCUGUAUUGAUUACCAUCCGUAUAUCCACUUUUUACUACAAAUAUUAUGGUUAGCGUAGGACGACCGUGUGGUUUCCAUGGUAACCAUGUUUGUGUGUGUGUGUUAAAACCAUGGUACAUUUUCCCGAGGGAUACACCUAGCUAUACACCGAUAAGCUUUUUUUUCUGUGUUCACGUGCAUUUUCAUCUAUAGUCUCGUUUAAUAACGCCAUUUACCAAAAAAACUGUGCGCUCGUUGAUAUUUAGACUGAUAGCUAUAUUAAUAUUUGUUUUAGAAAUGCAAAAUAACUGCAUACGGCGGCUUUUUGUAAGGUAAUAACCCUGUUUUCAGGCUUCGUGAGUGUAUUACGGACGAAAAGCUGCUUUAUCUUCCCGGAGGGACGUUGUAGUUUUGUACUCUGUGUGUCAAACCCAAUAAUUUACAGUAUGCCUUAUCUUUACACGACUCGUCUAAUUCUGAGUUAGUAAUGUUCACCAAAAUAAGGACCCACUGACUGAACGUCAUUUGAAUACUGUGCUCUUUUCCUGUUAUAUAAACCUUUUGUGUCAAUAAAAGAGGGUGACUUUAAGAAACA